GCCGGACGCGCCCGACUUUUCCAGAAGACCCGGGUGGCGUCUCCAGGCCACGCUUGAGCCGGCUUUGGGCACUCCGCACGCCGGGUCUCCUCCUCUUCCUGUAGUGGUUAGCUAUGGCGGCCGUGAAGACCCUGAACCCCAAGGCCGAGGUGGCCAGGGCCCAGGCGGCACUAGCGGUCAACAUCAGCGCGGCCCGGGGGCUGCAGGACGUGCUGAGGACCAACUUGGGGCCUAAGGGCACCAUGAAGAUGCUUGUUUCUGGUGCUGGAGACAUCAAGCUUACUAAAGAUGGCAAUGUGCUGCUUCAUGAAAUGCAAAUUCAACACCCAACAGCCUCCUUAAUAGCCAAAGUAGCAACAGCCCAGGAUGACAUAACUGGUGAUGGUACCACAUCCAAUGUCCUGAUCAUUGGAGAACUACUGAAACAAGCGGAUCUCUACAUUUCUGAAGGUCUUCAUCCCAGAAUAAUAACAGAAGGAUUUGAAGCUGCAAAGGAAAAAGCACUUCAGUUUCUGGAACAAGUCAAAGUGAGCAAAGAAAUGGAUAGAGAAACACUUAUAGAUGUGGCCAGAACGUCUCUGCGUACUAAAGUGCAUGCUGAACUUGCUGAUGUCUUAACAGAGGCUGUGGUGGAUUCCAUUUUGGCCAUUAAAAAACAAGAUGAACCUAUUGACCUCUUCAUGGUUGAGAUCAUGGAGAUGAAACAUAAAUCUGAAACUGAUACAAGCUUAAUCAGAGGUCUUGUUUUGGACCAUGGGGCAAGGCAUCCUGAUAUGAAAAAAAGAUUAGAAGAUGCAUACAUCCUCACGUGCAACGUGUCAUUAGAAUAUGAAAAAACAGAAGUGAAUUCUGGCUUUUUUUACAAGAGUGCAGAAGAGAGAGAGAAGCUUGUAAAAGCCGAAAGAAAAUUCAUUGAAGAUAGAGUUAAAAAAAUAAUAGAACUGAAAAAGAAAGUCUGUGGUGAUUCAGAUAAAGGAUUUGUGGUUAUUAAUCAAAAGGGAAUUGACCCCUUUUCCUUAGAUGCUCUUGCAAAAGAAGGCAUAGUAGCUCUGCGGAGAGCUAAAAGGAGAAAUAUGGAAAGGCUGACUCUUGCUUGUGGUGGAGUAGCUCUAAAUUCCCUUGAUGACCUAAAUCCUGAUUGUUUGGGACAUGCAGGACUUGUGUAUGAGUAUACAUUGGGAGAAGAGAAAUUCACCUUUAUUGAAAAAUGUAACAACCCUCGCUCUGUCACAUUAUUGGUCAAAGGACCAAAUAAGCACACACUAACCCAGAUCAAAGACGCAAUAAGAGAUGGCUUGAGGGCUGUUAAAAAUGCUAUUGAUGACGGCUGUGUAGUUCCAGGUGCUGGUGCAGUGGAAGUGGCAAUGGCAGAGGCCUUGAUUAAAUAUAAGCCCAGUGUAAAAGGCAGGGCCCAACUUGGAGUGCAAGCAUUUGCUGAUGCAUUGCUCAUUAUUCCCAAGGUUCUUGCUCAGAAUUCUGGUUUUGACCUUCAGGAAACACUAGUUAAAGUUCAAGCAGAGCAUUCAGAAUCAGGUCAACUUGUGGGUGUGGAUUUGAACACAGGUGAGCCAAUGGUAGCUGCUGAAGUAGGCAUAUGGGAUAACUAUUGUGUAAAGAAACAGCUUCUUCACUCCUGCACUGUGAUUGCCACCAACAUUCUCCUGGUUGAUGAGAUCAUGCGAGCUGGAAUGUCUUCUCUAAAAGGUUGAAUUGAAGCUUCCUUUGUGUCAUCUGUAUCAUGAAGACUAUGGAGUGAUCCUAAGAAUAUAACUAUGGAAUUUUCAUCCAAGCUUCAAAUGAUUUUCAAAAGCAUUUUCUUUUCCCAUAUGAAAAAGAACACUGACACUCAAAUUCUGAAGUUCUGAAAUUAUAAUUACAGUAUUUUUUUUAAUUGCACUGCAGUUUAUACAUAUUAAGCAGACCAUUUUCACUCAAUGAACCAGGAUGUUUUGCUUUAGCUUCAGUGAUCUAAAAGUACUGUGUUAGACAAGUAUAUGUUAUCUACCUUGUUAUUAAAUGGUCCUUGAAAAACAAAUUUACUGGUUUAAUAAUUUCUUCUAAUGGAUCUAUUUUAAUUUAUCCAGUGAUUCCCUUUUGUCACACUUGUAAGUUCUAAUGCAAAUGUAAAUCAUACUUAAGGUACCUUAAGAUUUUGGAAGCAUCUCUUUCUUUAGUAUAAAUUCCUGAGUAAAACUGUUGGAUCAUUUGUUUGGACUUUUAGUACUUUUAAAGUACUUUUGCUGAAAUGCUCCCCAGAAAAGUUGGGUGAAGUAGGGGCAAGGGAGUUGAAUAAACAGAGUAUGAAGAGAGAAAACUAGAAAUAGAGGAGACAGAGGUAAAAACACCCUUUAAGACAUGGGGGCUAAAGGAUAGAUGUUCAUGUGGACCAGAUUUUCACACCCCUGCCCCUGGCCUUAUGCUGAAGUACCUGCCCAUCCAUCCCAAGCUAUAGUGUCGUCUUUUUCACACCCAAGUUACUGUUCUCUCCCCGUUUUCACAAAAUUGUUUUUAUAGUUGGUAGAGCUCCUUUGCAGCCUUUGACAGUGAAAUUGUUGCAAAGCCUUGUAUUUUUGAGGACUUGGCAGUUACCUACAGUGAGUGUGCAAUAAAUAUUAAAUUGAAA